UUGGACAUUUUAACUAACAUUUGCUGUGCUUUGGUGGUAUUUUAGAAGUAUUGUAUUCUAAUUAAUGUGAAUAUAAUUAUAAUUUGUACGCAGUUUUAUUCAGUAUACGGUAAAAGAUCAUAAGGUGAACUCUAAAUUAUUAUUAAGUACAAUAUCAUCAAUAAUUAAUUAUUGAUAAAUACCAACAUGUCAAAUCUGGAAUGUCCGAAGUAUACCAUUCCUCAGUACUACUCUGGAAAAAAGCUGUUCAUAACUGGAGGUACUGGGUUUAUCGGAAAAGUACUGGUAGAAAAUUUCCUAAGAUUUUCUCCGGAUAUUUCGAAGAUUUACCUUUUAAUAAGAUCAAAAAAAGAUAAAUCUCCAGAACAAAGACUUAAAGAAAUGUUUGAUCUUCCUUUAUUUGACAGAUUAAAAAAGGAGUAUCCGGAAAAUGUAAAGAAAGUUGUUCCAGUCGAUGGAGAUACAAAUGAAAUAGAUUUGGGGUUAAGUAACGAAUCAAGAAAACUACUUAUUGGGGAGGUAAAUUUAGUGAUUCAUUGUGCUGCUUCAGUACGAUUUGAUGAUUCUCUUCAAAAAUCUAUCUUACUCAAUACCCGAGGAACCAAAGAAGUUGCCCUUUUAGCUAAGGAGAUAAAAAAUAUCGAAAAUUUAGUACACGUUUCUACUACUUACUGUCAUACAGAUAAGAAGGUGGUUGAAGAAAAAGUUUACCCUGCUGUAGCUGACUGGAGGGAAGCUAUAAAAAUAGCUGAAAAUGCAGACUCACAUACGAUUGAUGUUUUAACUGCAAAAUAUAUUGAACCAUUCCCUAAUACCUACACGUUUGCAAAAAAUUUGGCAGAACAAGUUGUAACUGACCUAUGUGAUGGUAAAAUACCCACAACUAUUUUUCGUCCCUCUAUAGUGAUAUCAUCUUAUGAUGAACCAAUACCAGGAUGGAUAGAUAAUUUUAACGGCCCUGUAGGUAUUUUAGUAGCCAGUGGAAAAGGAAUUUUGAAAACAGCCUAUGCUAGUGGGCAUAUCACAGCGGAUUAUGUACCGGUUGAUAUAAUAACUAAAGGCCUUAUUGCUGGCGUAUGGAAAAAAUCAUUUGAAUCGCAUGAGGAAAAAUUAAAGAUAUCAGUCUAUAAUGGAAGCAACAAUGACGUUAACAAUCUUACGUUGACUGAAAUGCUUGAAAUGGGUAAAAAACUAACUUGGGAAUAUCCACUCAACGACGUUUUGUGGUAUCCAUCCGGAAAACCUACUUCCUGUUUCUGGAACUAUUAUUUUAGAGUAAUGUUGUACCAUAUUUUACCAGCUCUUUUAGUGGACACAUUAUUAUGGAUAAUUGGUCAUAAACCGAUGCUAUUGAGAAUCCAAAGAAAAAUCUAUAUAGCUAACGUGGCGUUGCAUUACUUCACAUCGCAAGAGUGGAGUUUCAAAAAUGAUAAAUCUAUUUCGCUUGAGGAAAAUUUAACGCCCGAAGAUCGAAAAGUUUUUAAUUUUCAUCGUGACGCAGAUCCCUACGAGUACUUCAAAAACGCCUUGCUGGGAAGUAAGGAGUACUUACUUAAAGAAGACAAUUCGAAUAUACCUAAAGCUAAGGCACAUAUGAGAAGGCUGUACGUAUUGUCGAUCUUUGCAGACGUAUUGUGGUAUCUUUCACUAUUUUAUAUUGUCUUUAUUAAAUAUGAUCUUUUUCACGUAGUUUGCAAUAAAAUAUGCGGUUAUAUUGAUUUACUUUAGUGUGUAGUUAAAUAAAAUUAUGUUUUUUUGAUA